AUGAUUGCCACAGACGUAACAGCACCCACAGAGGUCAAGGAGACCGAGGCUCUUUACCCUGACUAUCUGCCACACUAUGACCCUCUUGAAAAGAUCGUCCCCGUGGGCCGUUUCGAACAUGAGGAUCCCGGUCACCGAGCCGACCCCAAGAAGCCCAAUCUCCUCAAGAAUGCCACAAAGGUGUUUGAGUUAAGCCCUCACUGCGGUACGGAAAUCCAGGGUGUUCAGAUUUCUGAACUUACCCCUGAAGGACUCGAUGAAAUGGCUUUGCUGUGCGCUGAGCGCGGUUGCUUGGUGUUCCGUGACCAGGAAUUUGGAAAUAUUGGCUUUGAAAAGCAAAAGGAGAUUGCCCGUCACUUUGGACCUCUUCACAAGCACGGAUGGAUGCCACACCCUAGGGCCGCUGUUCACUCUUCGGAGACUGAGGAAUUUGUUAUUGUCUAUGACUCCAAGGACGAUCUCCGUAUCCGCAAAGGUUGGGCCAGAAAGAGCCCUAUCCAGUUCCAUGUCGACCAGUCCCCAGAGGUCCAGCCUCCCGGUAUGACUUUCUUCUGCAUGCUCGAGUCCCCUCCCGGUGCUGGUGGAGAUACCCUUAUUUCUAGCAUGACCCGUGCCUUUGAAAGACUCUCGCCCUCCUUCCGUAAGCGUCUUGAAGGCCUUCAAGCUCUCCACACCACCGCUGGCCCUGUCUCUCGUGAACUCCGUGACAACGGAAAGGGCGCCGUCCUUCGCCGUCCCAUCAACAGCGCCAUCCACCCCGUCGUCACAGUCCACCCCGUCACCGGCCAGAAGGCCCUCUUCGUCAACUCCUCAUACACCGAGCGCAUCAUCGGUUGGGACGAUGAGGAGUCCGAAUAUCUACUCAGGUUCUUGUUUGACCACGUCAAUCGCGGUCAGGACUUUUGCUGUCGUGUGCGCUACGAACCUGGUACCGUCGUUGUAUGGGAUCAGCGUGUUACCCAGCACUCUCAGACUUUGGAUUACAAGCCUGGUAACAGACGACAUGCGUUUAGAUUGACUCCUUUGGCUAAUGUGCCUAUUCCGGCUAAGGUUGAGGAGGAUGAUGGACAGUGUGCUCAGGAAGAGGAGAGAGUGAUCUUGAACCUUUGUUAG